AGUUCCAGCCCACAGCAGAUCCACUAUCACGCACGCCCGCCUGUGGAGGGUCUUCUUCUCCCCCAAAUCCCUGAAACCCUACAUACAGCCGAGCCGAUCUAGCUCCCCUCCCACCGCGCCGAUCGCCAUGGCCGCCCCCAACAACAACGACGCCGCCAGCGCCAGCGCCUCCACCAGCGACGACGCCCUGGCGCCGCCGGAGGACACCUCCAUCGAGGCGCUGGCGCGGCGCGUGCAGGAGCACAUGACCCUGGCCAACAACCCCAGCGCCCGCCGCCACAAGUUCUGGGAGACGCAGCCCGUCGGCCAGUUCCGCGACCUCGCCGACGGCUCCCUCCCCGACGGCGCCAUCGAGCCGCCCGCCCCGCUCUCCGAGGUCCGCGCCGACCCCUACCCGCUCCCCGCCGCCUUCGAGUGGUUCACCUGCGACCUCGACGACGACGCGCUCCUCGCCGACCUCUACGCCCUCCUCGCCCACAACUACGUCGAGGACGACGAGAACAUGUUCCGCUUCAACUACUCCCCGGCCUUCCUCCGCUGGGCGCUCCGCCCGCCCUCCUUCUUCCGCGCCUGGCACAUCGGGGUCCGCGCCAAGGAGUCCAAGAAGCUCGUCGCCUUCAUAUCCGGCGUCCCCGCGCGCAUCCGCGCGCGCGACGACGUCGUGCGCAUGGCCGAGAUCAACUUCCUCUGCGUCCACAAGAAGCUCCGAUCCAAGCGCCUCGCCCCCGUGCUCAUCCGCGAGGUCACCCGCCGCGUCCACCAGGAGAACAUCUGGCAGGCCGCCUACACCGCGGGGGUCGUCCUCCCGACCCCCAUCACCACCUGCCGCUACUGGCAUCGCUCCCUCAACCCCAAGAAGCUCAUCGAUGUCGGCUUCUCCCGUCUCGGCCCCCGCAUGACCAUGAGCCGCACGGUCCGUCUCUACAAGCUGCCCGAUGCGCCGCUUACCCCGGGGUUCCGCCAGAUGGAGCUGCGGGAUGUCGCGGCUGUCACACGGUUGCUCAGGUCAUACCUUGCAAGGUACGUCGUGGCGCCGGAUUUCGAUGAGCUUGAUGUUGAGCACUGGCUGCUGCCCCAGGAGGAUGUGGUGGACAGCUACCUUGUGGAGAGCCCCGAGACGCAUGAGGUCACGGAUUUCUGCAGCUUCUACACAUUGCCCUCAUCAGUCCUCAACAAUGCCACCUAUUCAACGCUCAAGGCUGCGUACUCCUACUACAAUGUCGCUGUCAAGACCCCGCUGCAGCAGCUGAUGAAUGAUGCGCUGAUUGUGGCCAAGCAGAAGAACUACGAUGUGUUCAACGCCCUCGAUGUCAUGGAGAACGAGGGGUUCCUCAAGGAGCUCAAGUUUGGGCCUGGAGAUGGGCAGCUCCACUAUUAUCUCUACAACUACCGUAUUCGCAAUGGGAUCAAGCCAUCUGAGCUUGGCCUCGUGCUUCUGUAGGGUGGUCCAAAAAGGUCUCAAGAUGGUGUCUGGGUUAUACUCUUUUCAGCAGGUACUCCUUGUGUGGCUGGUUUAGUACGCGUCUUUCUUGGUUGCUACAGGUGAUGGGUCGAUUCCUGUCAUGCUGUAGGUUACCCAGUGUGCAAUUUGUCAUUGCUCAUUUUGUUUAUUGUGGUAGCAAAUUUCCCAUGCCUUGUCAUGGGAAUCCACAAUGAUUUGCAAAUGAGGAGACUGGAAUUAGAAAUCCUUUUCUUAAUUUUAAGACUUGUUUUCAGUUAGUGAUAUUCGGUGUGUAUGGUUCAAAGCAUUUUAUGAUGUCACUGAGUUCACCAAGGAAUUUUGAUACAACUUGUGUUACGUUAAAUCA